UCUGCGUGCUCGGCGCUACCUCCGCCGUGCAAAACCCGCGAGAAGUGAGAGACGCCGAGAGGGUUUUCCGUGAAUUAGUUGCUGCACUUCUAGCUCCGGAGAGACGCCGAGAGCUGAGAGUCGAUAGCCGAGAGGAAGCGCUGCAGCGCGGCUCCGUGCCCUCAUGAUGUCAUCCUACUACCACCCGGGGAAGGAGGCGGCGGACAUGGCGGCGAUGAGCGAGCCGCUGUGCCUGGAGAGAGAUGUGUGCAGGGUGAUUGAGUUGUUGGACAGGCUGCAGAGGAGUGGUGAGCUGCCGCCUCCUAAACUGCAGGCGCUGCAGAGAGUUCUUCAGAGCAAGUUCUGCGCUGCUAUCAGAGAGGUAUAUGAACAGCUGUACGACACCCUGGACAUUGUGGGUGGACCUGAGGUCCGUGCUCAGGCCACUGCUAAGGCAACAGUUGCAGCUUUCGCGGCCAGUGAAGGCCACGCCCACCCACGUGUGGUGGAGCUGCCCAAAACGGACGAGGGUCUGGGCUUCAACAUUAUGGGAGGAAAGGAGCAGAACUCUCCCAUCUACAUCUCUAGGGUGAUCCCUGGAGGCGUGGCUGAUAGGCAGGGCGGACUGAAGAGGGGCGACCAGCUGCUGUCUGUCAACGGAGUGAGUGUGGAGGGGGAGCACCAUGAGAAGGCAGUGGAGCUGCUGAAGGCUGCGCAGGGUUCGGUGAAGCUGGUGGUCCGCUACACCCCCAAAGUCCUGGAGGAGAUGGAGGCCAGGUUUGAGAAGCUGCGCAGCGCCAGGCGGCGCCAGCAACACACCAGCUACGCGUCUUUAGAGUCUCGAGGUUAACCAGUCCAAACCCCCUGGUUAGCCUGUGGACCACCAUCAUCCCUCAAACCUCCAAUGGGAAGACAGAAGACUAGCGCCGACGUGGAGAAGAGCGUAGACUCGACUUAGAUACGUUAUUUGUAUGUUAGUGGAACAUUCCCAAAACAGUAGACCUCAAAUAUACUCUUUCCCCCGUCCAUCUGUAGGGAGAGACUACAUAGUGUAUCAGUCUGUCAGAGUGAUUUUUAAACAAAAAAAAUCUGUGUAUGUGAAAACACCCUGUUAUUUAUUGUUCAGUAAUGUUAGCAAAGUACAUAGACAAACUAUAGCAACGAGCUGAUGUGAAUGCAGCUUAUUCACGGAUCAGAAGCAUGCAGUUCCACUCCUCCAAGGGCUCUGUGUGUGACUUAAGCUGCUCUGCGGCUAAAGGAUUUUAGCAAAGGAACGACUGCCUUGAGGGAGUUGUCAGUUAUUGCUGAAAUCCUGCUCCCAGUUCAUUUACAUGAGUUUUCAGACAAGAUCCAUAGACUAUAGCAAUCUCUGCAGUUGUGGCUGUGUUUCUGAAUGAUUGAAGUCAGUAUUUACCAAUCUAUUUUUCAGGGACCUCCAGAAAGUGCACAUUUUUCCUGUAUGGCAGCUCCCAAAAGACCCGAACCGGGUAUUUUGAAGUGUUUGUGACUACCUGGUUCACGUUAGUGCUGAAUGAUAUUGGGGGAAAAACUGGAGAAAAAGGAAAAACAAUGGAACUAAUUAUCACUUGAGCUAUAAGAAACAGUGUGUUUGGGGUGGGGAUUAAAAGGGCAUCUGCCAAAUUUUCAAUAUCUCUGCAUAAUUUAAAUGGUUAAGAUGUAAAUAGUCGGUCAGAGUGGUUUGGUGUGAAAUGCUCCGUUCUAGAGAAACUUACCCUGUCACUAUUGUUCACAGUGAUGGUGAUAGGAACCAGACGUCUGAAGCUUUUAAUGUCUUCAACGAUGGGCAGAAAGGGGUACAGUUCCUGUCUGCUUAAGUCUUGCGUCUUCCACCUCACCCCACCCAUGUCUCCCGGGGCAACGGCAGCAGAUUGUGCAGAAAAACCUGGCAAGACUUAAACUUUCUGUUAAAAUCAGCUACAUGGAAAAUGAGUGUUAAGGCUCCAAAUAGUCAUGAACAAUAGCAGUCACAAAAAUGAAAUGUAAUAAAAUGUGGCAAAAUAGUUGCUGAAGUUGGUUAGUGGUGUAAAUGGAGCUUGGGUCUUUGUUGUCUUUAUAAUGGGGGAGUAAGCCCCCCACCCUCUGGCUCGCGUGACCACAUUCCUGGAAAUAUUUUAAUAUGGCGACUCCUGCUUCGUGAAUCCGCUCUGAUGUCUCUUAAAGAUACAUCUCACAAAGUUAGUAUGUGAAAUGGUUAUAAAUACGCUGCCUGAUGACUGAUGCUCCGUUCACAUGUUUUCAGUGGAUGGAUGACAGCAAACUGGAAAGUUCUGCCACUGCCAGUAACAACAGUCCGUGGACUGCAGCGGUAAACAGAACACUCCAUCAAGAGUUCACUUUUCCCAACUUUUGCUGUUGACUGUUGAUUUCCUGGGAGCCAUGGAUGUGUUUAAUUCCAGACUAACUCAGUACUGUAUAACAAAGUUAAGAGUACAGGACUCUCCUGCCUUUUUCCAUCUUAAAAAUGGUCUACACUCAUAAAUCUCACCUCUGAUAAUCAUCCAUUUUUGCCAGCACCAGGAUCACCAUGCCAAAGGUUGCGUGGCUUCAUGCCAAAGUCUACCGCUUAGAGUUUUUGGUAGAUGUUUUGUUAUAGAGAGAUUGUGGCCUACAACAUAAUUUUAAAACACUUGCAGGACGUUUUAUUGCAAAAUGGUACCCAAAGAAAAUAUUACCAUCAUCAACAUCACAUAUAAAACGUGUAGGUUCACUGGUAGGUUUGGAAAA